CCAGGAACGAUUUAACUGGUGUCGCUUGCUCUUACGUCACACUCGGCUUGCGGGCUGUUGCUUCCGGGUCAGAGGUCAGACGGUCCGGAGCGACGUGAGCCAUGGUGCAGCUCCGGCCACGCGCGUCCCGCACUCCGGCAUCAGCGUCGGCGAUGGUGGACGAGGGUCAGCCAGCCUCGGAGCAGGAGGCGGAGCACGGCCUGUUGCUCGGGCAACCCAGCAGUGGCGCGGCUGCCGAGCCACUGGAGGAAGACGAAGAAUGGGACGACGAGUUUGACGACGAGGCCCCGGAGGAAUUGACUUUCGCCAGCGCCCAGGCGGAAGCGAGGGAAGAGGAGCGGCGAGUUCGGGAGACGGUGCGCAGGGAUAAAACACUUCUGAAGGAGAAGAGGAAACGACGCGAGGAGCUGUUUAUCGAACAAAAGAAAAGGAAACUCCUUCCAGACACUAUUCUAGAGAAGUUAACUACCGCUUCACAGACAGACAUAAAGAAAUCACCAGGAAAGUUAAACAAAGUUAAUUUGCAGAAGAAAGAUGAAGAAUGUGAAAAAGGAAGUGAUUCUAAGAAAGCUAAAGUACAAAAAGUACAGUCUAUUGGCCAGAAUAAAAGCUACUUGGCUCUAAGGCUAAAAGAUCAAGAUCUGAGGGAUUCAAGGCAACAAGCAGCCAAAGCCUUCAUACAAAAUUCUUUAUAUGGUCCAGGAACCAACAGAACUACUGUAAAUAAGUUCCUGUCUCUUGACAAUAAGAGGUUACCAGUGAAGAAAGCCGCAGCCCAGUUUUUGAGUAAUGGUUGGGGAACCCAGAAAAAACAAAAUGCGAAGAGGUUUAAAAGACGUUGGAUGGUCAGAAAGAUGAAAACUUCUAAGAAGUAAAUCAAAACUAAAUGAAGAAUGAGAACUUUGUAUGUAUGGAACUUCCAGUUACUUAGUGCAGAAGAUUAAUUUGGUUUAAAAAUCUAAUAAAUCAUUUUAAAGGCUCAUUACAAAA